CUCUCUAAUUAUCUGCGUGUGUGUUAACACGCUGUAACGGUUUUAAAAAGCUUUAAUAAAUACAUUUAAAAAACCCAUGUUUGUGUUUUGACUAGAGGGGAUUUCAGCUUUCAACGCUCCUGUUAUUCACACUCGUUUCUCGACGGUUUCUCAGUGUUUUACAGUAACAUCAAUGAUGGGCGGUCGGUCACCCAUGAGGGUCCUGCUGUCACGUUCCUACACAUCCAGCCCACCGCAACCAAUAAACUCCAGACGAGUUUCAUCUCGAGUCGAGAAAGACCAGUCAAGAGCUCCCUCAGACCUUAAAGGAACUAAUGACCUGUGAUACUCAUCAAAGUCGUCUGGUGAGUGACGUUCCUUUCGGUGGCACCUGUGAGACUGACCGUCUGAAUGCAACGGAUUCUGAUACUUUAAAUAAUACAUCUAAUGUAUCCCUUAUGACGUUUGCGUGAGAUUGACCCUCGAUCGCUUGCUUUCUCCAGAAGAGUUUUCAUCUAGUCUCUGUGUUUCUCUGAUUCCCUCGGGAGGAUCCGGACGAGUCUGCAGGCAGACUGACAUUGCGCAGGACGAAGGUUAAAUACUUCUGUGAGAAGAAUGAAGAUACGGCAGGCAGUGAUCACCAACAUGAAGACAUGAUUUUGUCUAGGCCCCCAGACGUCUAGGAUCGGCACUGCUUUCAGAUGAUGUUGUGAGUCACAGCUGUGUCUAAAGUGACUGGUUUCUUCUGAUCAACAGCAGCCAGAUCUUCACGUCUCAGAUCAAAAGAAGGAAGCCAUGGCCACAGAUGGGGGGAAGAGCGGUGGAGGCGAUGCGGGGACGAAGAGGAAAAGUUCAGGAUCGCAGGAGGCACAACCAUCUCCCCUCGCAUUGCUUGCAGCGACAUGCAGUAAAAUAGGAGGAGUCGGAGGUGACGGUCAGGCAGCAACACAGCAGCAGAUAAUACUCGACCCCAAUCAGGGCCUGCUGCAGCUCCAGAACCCCACGCAGCAGAUCGAGCUGGUGCCUGCGCAGUUAACAGGAAACGGCUGGCAGAUCAUAGCCACUUCCCCCGCCCCCAAGGAAUGCAUUCAGCAGACGGCCAACGUAGCGACCGGUGAAGGCACGGUGGGGCGUAAGGUGAAGGCGGUGGCUUCCAAUAAUGCACCUGCCGGACAGCAGCAGCAGUUUCAAAUCAUCCAGGUGCAGAAUUUGCCUAACUCAACAGGCGGCAUCCAGUACCAGGUCAUUCCACACCUGCAGACCGCAGAUGGACAGCAAAUCCAAAUAAGCCCCAGCAACCCCCUAAGCGUUCAGCCGGAACAGAUCCAACUCAUCCCCACCGGAAACAACCAAGCCAUCUUCGCCACGCCCCAGAGGGCGGGCUCAGCCAGCAUCGUCACACAGAAUCUAGCCAAUCAGACGAUUCCCUUUCAGAUCCGGCCGUCGUUCCCUCUUCAGCUGCAAACCAUCCAGGGCACGCAAGGUCCAAUGGUGACCACGUUACCCAUCAACCUCGGCGGCAUGACCUUGGCUCUACCGGUCAUCAACAACAUGGGGGGAGGGGGCGGAUCGGUUCAGCUGGUCCAAACAAGUGAUGGAUGCAUUGCUAACGGCAACCAGCUGAUAACCACAACCGUCACAAGUUCGGCAGAAUCCAUGGGUGCUUCCACCUGCACAACGACCGCGUCGGGCACGGAUUCCAUCGUCGUGACAACCACGGAUGGCACGACGAUAUCAACGGUAGCUGCCGAUGGCCAGAAGGACGGUCAGUCGGGUGAGUCAGACGUGGCCCAGUCCAACGGGCUCCAACCAGCGUCGGAGCAGGCUGGCCAAUUUCAGCAGUUCCAAAUUGUGGGCCACCCCGUUCUCCAACAGUUCCAGAUCCAACAGCCCCAGCAGCAGGUUGUCCAGGGGUCCAUACAGAUCCAACCCGGGCAGACUUUACAGCCGGUUCAGCAGAACCUCCAGCUUCAGGCCUUUCAGAACCCAACGCAGGUUCUGAUCCGAACGCCCACUCUAACGCCCUCGGGGCAGAUCAGCUGGCAGACCGUGCAGGUGCAGAACGCGGGCAUGCCACAACAGCUGACGCUCACACCUGUGACGUCGAACGCCAGCGGGGGAACCUUCACUCAGAUCACCCCGCUGACGCUCGGAGGGUCACCCAUCACGCUGAGCGCGGCACAGCUGCCCUCCGGCACAGGGGUACAGACGGUGAACAUUGCGGGAUUGGGGACAGCUGGAGUCCAGAUGCAGGGUGUCCCUCUCACCAUCACAGGUGUACAAGGUCAGCAGCAGGGUCAGGAGGGGGUCAAAGGUCAGUCCACCCCUGUGACCGUCACCGUUGGCAAUAUCAGCAGCACGACCCUGAACGCGGUGAGCCCAGAUCAGAUGGGACAGGUCCAAAGCCCAUCCGAUCAGGAGGGUCAACCUAGCAAGAGACUCCGCAGGGUGGCCUGCUCCUGUCCCAACUGCAGGGAUGGAGAGGGGAGAAACAAUAGCGAUCCGUCAAAGAAGAAGCAGCAUGUGUGUCACAUGGAGGGUUGCGGGAAGGUUUACGGUAAGACGUCUCACCUGAGAGCUCACCUACGCUGGCACACGGGAGAAAGACCCUUCGUCUGCAACUGGAUCUUCUGUGGGAAACGCUUCACCAGGAGCGACGAGCUGCAGCGACAUCGCAGGACACACACAGGAGAGAAGAGGUUCGAGUGUCCUGAAUGUUCCAAGAGGUUCAUGCGGAGCGACCACCUGUCAAAGCACAUCAAAACCCACCAGAACAAAAAGGGCGGGGCGGCACUUACCAUCAUCACCACAGAGGACAUGGAGGAGGAGGUGGACGAGGUCCUGGGGUCUCCAGGGAUCGUCACCGUGGCGACUCUCCAGCCGGAUUCUAACCCGGCCACGCCCACCACCUCAAACAAUUUAGAGGAGGAGUUCGAGUAGUUUACCCUCAUGAUAUUAUCGUCUAAGAGCACCGGAAUAUUGUCGGCUUGUUUAUAUGUUGAAUUGUUUAUGUUCUUCAUUCUUUUCUAUCGACGAUGGACAGCUGUUUGAGCGCGUAGUCGAUUUUUCAUAUGGAAAUUUAAUAUUAUCAAAAUAUAAUGAAGAAUAAUCUAAAGAGAAUGGAAAUGCUAUGAGAUGAUAAAAGACGUGAUGUGACGCGUUGGAUGAUGAGUUUGUUUCAUUUGGAGUAGCACAAGAUGUUCCCGAGAAUAGUCGAAAAUCUGUUGCUAUGCACAAAAUAUUCUGUAUCUGUUGUUCCGGUGGGGGAUGAGAAUCUUGGAGUCAUGCAUCGGUCUGUAGUGUGCAAACUGUCGGGCUUAAAACAAUAGCACCUAAUGGUCAGAAAGUUUUGAGGGCCUUAGCACAAGCUCAGCGCAAGUCUCACAUACAGAAUUCUUUAGAAUUUCAAGCUCCGGAGUUCUACUGAUUUGCCCUGCACAAGAGCAACGCGAACCGACACUCAAAGUCAACGUUUAUGUAGGAGAAGCAGCGGUAGUGGCCAGUAAAAAAGCACAUUAGAUUUACAAAUAAUGCAUUCCAGUUUUCAGAAAAACGUAUGAUUUCUGUAAAAAACUAAGUAAAAGAGAAAAGAAAAACAAUCGGGCUUUCUAUGUUAAAUGAAGGCAAUACUAUACAGACAAUCUUUGUAAAACCAUGUUUACAUUAUUAAGGGGUAGAAUAGGUUUCUUUCAGAAAAACGAGAAAAAAAAGGAUCUCUGAUCUUAUAUAAACUGUACUCAGAUGCCUUAACACUUACUGCAGUACCACUAUGUCACGGCUGGGCAGGGGGACAUGGGCUUCGACUGUGUCUGCGUGCAGUAGUGCCCAGUCGACCACACAAUCUUUUUUAUACGAUGGUGAACACUGUGGCCGGUGAAGACUGGGUACUUCCAUGAGGGUCCCGAUGAUCUUUUUAAGCCCCUUUCUUUGCUCCGUCUGUCCGGGUGAGAUGUAGACAAACCGGCCCUUUUCGUUUGAAUGUGUUCUCCUGUCGUCCGUAGACUCUCACGCUCCCUCCAAAGAGAUUCAACCCUGUUACAUCCAUACAACCCCUCCUUCUGGACUGAUACCAGAUGAUUCUGCCGGGUCACCAUGGGACAGAUCAGACCCUGAAGCCACUUAGAUCAGUUUGAUGUUCAGAAAUACGUGUGGUGGCGUUUCGUCGUGUGUUUUCGAGUAUUGUUUUUUGUUUGUAAUUCAUUUCAUGCCCCUGUUUUUGGUCAGCACACAACACACGAGUAGAUGAUUCCCGUGUGUGCGCGUGUGUCUAAUUUAUUAUUUAUCCUUCUCUUAGUAUUUGCUAAUGUGUAUCGUGCGCUGUUAAUGCAGAGAUGAUGUGCUGCAUGGUUCAUUUCCGCUAACUAUUUAGUAAUGAUCUGUUAUUUCUAAACGUGGUCCUUUUAGAAAGUUUAACCAUGGCUUUUAAUUUAUCUUGAGUUUUCAGAACAUAACUUGUUUCAAAAGAAAAAGUUGAAGAAAAAACGUUGAAAAAGAUAUGGUUGAUACCAAACGAUUAUAAAUAUAGAUGUUUUUGGUAAUAUUUUCUGUGGCGGCCGAUAUUCUUUAAGAUUUUCUAGUGACACCUCAUUUGUAAAUCAUUUUUCUAAGAUGUUUCUUUGUCCUCAUGGCAUUUGAUAAUGGGUUUUUUGACAGGUUAGCCUGAAAGGCUCCAGUUUAUUGAUAUUUUUAAAUAACUUUGUACAAACGUGUUAUGUUGAGGGGGGAAAGAAAAUGAAAACAAAAAUAUUUGCCUGCAUAACACUUGAAAUUAAAGUGAUUAAUUCUGUCUUAAAUGUACAAUGUCAAGUCCAAUUCUUUAUUGUUUGUUAUUUUUAUGUACACAUGUGGGUCAAAUGGCUGACCUUGACCUGUCAAGGGAACACUUAACUGUGUGCUCUACAAGUGCACUUGUCUAAGAUGCUACAGUAGAGUGUGUGAUAUAUUCAGAGAUUGACGCAAACCUGUAACCCAAACCAUUAAUCUCUAGUCCAGUAAUCUACUGUCUGAGCUAAAAUGAGCUGUGCAGUUACUUUACUUAGCAAUCAAACAUAUGAUUUUCACCUGGCAGAUAAAUAAACAGGUGGAAAAAUUUGGAUGGACCAUUGGACAGCCAUAUUUAGAGCAGGAAAUCCAACCUAGGGAGAGUUUGUACCUGCAGCUACUCAAAACACCCAACCUACACCCUAAAAAACUAUAUAAGAUCUUAUCAGCCGUGUAUGGUCACAUGCUGGAAACUUUUCAAAGUGUAAAGUCAGUGACAGAAGCAGAGGGAUGGUGACAAGAACAAGA